AUGUCUCCUGCCAGCAACGCCACUUCCAGGCCUGCCUCCUUCCUCUUAAUUGGCAUCCCAGGCCUGGAGGCCACCCAGAGGUGGCUGUCCAUCCCCCUGUGCUCCAUGUACCUCUUGGCUCUGGUGGGAAACGCUUUGCUCCUCGUGAUCAUCAAGACGGAGCCCAGCUUGCAUCAGCCCAUGUACCUCUUCCUCGCCAUGCUGGCCGUCACCGACCUGGUCCUCUCCACCUCCACCCUGCCCCUCAUGCUGGCCAUCUUCUGGCUGGGCCCCCGGGCCAUCGGCUUCCACUGCUGCCUGGUCCAGAUGUUCUUCAUCCACGCCUUCUCCUCUGUGGAGUCCGGCAUCCUGGUGGCCAUGGCCCUGGACCGCUACGUGGCCAUCUGCCUCCCCCUGAGGCAUUCCGCCAUUCUGAAGACCUCCACCCUGGCUAAGAUGCUGCUGGUCAUCAUCCUCCGGGGCCUGAUCCUCAUCACCCCCUUUGCCCUCCUCCUCCAAAAUCUGCCCUUCUGUGGACACCGAGUCAUCCCCCACUCCUAUUGUGAGCACAUGGCUGUGGUCAAGCUGGCCUGUGGGGACACCACUGUCAACCAGAUGUACGGCCUGGCAGUGGCCCUCUUCGUGGUGGGCUCGGACGUCCUCUCCAUUGCCUUGUCCUAUGUGAUGAUUCUCCAGGCCGUCUUUGCCCUCCCGUCCCGGCAAGAGCGGCUGAAGGCCCUCAGCACCUGUGCUUCUCACUGCUGCGUGAUUCUCAUUUUCUACAUCCCCGGGCUUUUCUCCUUCCUGACACACCGUUUUGGCCACGGGGUCCCUCACCAAGUCCACAUUCUGCUGGCCGUCCUCUAUCUCUUGGUGCCACCAAUGCUGAACCCCAUUGUGUAUGGCGUGAAGACGAAGCAGAUACGAAGCAGGCUGAUACUGUUCUACUGCAGGCCAACAUGGCCAGCCCUCUUAUUUCAAGGGAACAGUCUGUGGUUUACGUCUCCUGCCAAGCCAGGACUGCUUCAGGAGUCAGGGCUGCAAAAUCCAAGGCCAGUCUCCACCUGGUUGCAGUUGGUCAAGGAAGGGCUGCCAUUCUGGUGCCCAGCGCAGCAUCUGCGCAUCAGCCCCUGGCCACUGCAGGGAACGCUGGCCAGCCGCUUGUCCUGA